AUGAUGCUGUUAGUUGUAAUGCUUUUGGUUCUGACUCCUGCAAAUGCCGACUGGUGGGAUUCUUUGACUAACACUGUUAGUGACGGAUUUAUGUCAAUAGGAAAAUGGGUCAAAGAAACAGCCAGUCCGACAGUCAGGAAAAAAUUCAACAACGUUAAAGAGGUUUUGCAAGAUCCUAGAACUCAUCAGCGAAUUAGGGAGUUUGUAUCUGAGGUAAAAUCGUUUCAUUACUGGUGCUACCUUGCUCACUGCCAACUAAGAACCGAACUGAUACCAGAUUUGCUCUGGAAGACGCUGAACCAGUGA